AUGGAAGGGUUGAAAGCACGAAAAAUUUAUGCCGAAAAAGUCGGAAGUGGACUAUCUCAAGAUCUCAAAGAGAGAAGUGAGUCUGAUGAAGAAUUACAAAUAAUUCUUAUAAAAUAUUCUCAAGAAGCCAAGUCCAGACAGCGUACAAAAGAAGAAGCGGAAAAAGAAGUCGAUGAUCUCAAUCGAAAACUCGUUAAAAAAGACGACCUGUCGAGUUUGAUUUUAAGCAUAACUCGUCUUGAAGUUAGUGAUGAAGAGAAUUCUGCAUGUAUACGUGACAGAAUCAAUCUUAUCAAGUUAUUUGAUGAAGAGUUUAAUCUUGAGGCUUCUACACCAUUGGAACCUGACGAAGAUACAAGUACUCUUACAAGAAUGUUUGAUAUGAAUAAUGCAUGA